UCAUUUGAAUUGGAGUAAAGUAAUUCUUUGUUCAGUUCUGUUUUUCGUUCACUUUUUUAUGAAUAUCAUUGUAGUUCAAUGCGAUCGCCUUAAAUAUUGUGCAUAGCUCAUUUGAAAAUGUCUGCAAAUACAACAAUAAUGCAAGAGAAUGAAAGUUCCGAUGAAGAGGAGAUUGAACCAAAAUUGAAAUAUGUCCGCAUAUCAAAUGACCUAAAACGAAUUCUGAAUAAAGAUGCAGUCAGUUGCAUUGCUGUGCAUUCAAAGUUUUUAUGCAUCGGAACGCAUUGGGGUGCGGUACAUUUAUUGGAUCAUCAAGGGAACACCGUUGAAAAUUCAAUAAAUAAUUCCCAAGAUUUUCCAGCGCAUAUGGUUUCCGUGAAUCAGAUCUCAAUUGACAAUAAAGGCGAAUACAUCGGUACAUGCUCUGACGAUGGUACGGUGGUAAUCAGUGGUUUUUAUACCGAUGAAAAUAAUCAUAAAAUGAAAUUUGGACGAGCUGUGAAAACAAUUGCACUCGAUCCAAUUUAUUAUAAAUCGGGAUCCGGGCGUCGUUUCAUCAUUGGUGACAAUAAGUUAACAUUGCAUGAAAAAACCUUUUUGAAAGGUAUCAAACAAACGGUUCUAUGUGAAGCCGAAGGUGUUGUAUCGGCUAUUGCAUGGACCGAUCAUUUUGUGGCAUGGGCAAGUGCAAUUGGUGUGCGUGUCUAUGAUUUGAAUGAAAAAUGUUCGCUGGGAUUAAUUAAAUGGGAAGAGCCAAAAAAUCAAUUGCUCAAUGAUUUUCGAUGUAAUUUGAAAUGGUCAAAUUCUACCACACUCCUAAUCGGAUGGGUUGAUAUCGUUCGGAUUUGUGUGAUUCGAAAACGCAAUUCGGUGGAAGUUUCAACACGCGGACUACCUGAUUUCAUUGUUGAUCCAAUCUCAACAUUUCAAAUGGAUUGUUAUAUCUGUGGCCUGGGACCUCUCGAAAGCGAUCAAUUAGUUGUGUUAGGCUAUCCCAAAGAAAAAGAUUCCGAAACAAAUAAAGCGCUACGCCCAAUUUUGUUGGUCAUUCAAUAUAAAAGUUACGAUUACGAAGAAAUUUGCACAAACAGUCUAUCAUUAAGGGGAUAUUCAGAAUAUAAGGUCAACGAUUACCAUUUGGAUACGUUAAUCGAAGAGAAUCAAUAUUUCAUUGUGUCUCCAAAAGAUAUCGUUGUGGCUAGUUUAUAUGAAAAUGACGACCGAAUUAAAUGGCUUAUCGAACAUGAAAAAUUCGACCAAGCAAUGCAAGUGAUAACCGAACAUGGUGGCAAGUAUUCGUUGGUAAGCGUAGCUAGAUUAUAUUUGGACCAUUUACUGGCGCAGAAGAAAUACGAUGAAGCCGCUAAAUUGUGUCAAACAAUCUUCGGCAAUGACAAAGUAUUAUGGGAGGAGGAAGUAUUCAAAUUUGUAAAAGUACAAAAAUUACGAUCGGUUAGUCAAUAUCUUCCUCGUGGAAAUGAUUGUAAACUGAAGCCGCACGUUUACGAAAUGGUUCUGUAUGAAUAUCUACAAUUCGAUGCAGCCGGAUUCUUAAUGUUAAUAAAGGAAUGGGAACCAUCGCUUUACAAUACAUCGGCCGUAAUAAAUGCAGUUCAUGAACAAUUCAAUGAACGAGACAAAGACAUUUUACUAGAAUCAUUGGCACUUUUAUAUUCAUAUGAACACAAAUACGAAAAAGCAUUGACAAUGUAUUUAAAGCUGCAACACAAGGACGUGUUUAAAUUGAUAAAAAAGCAUAACUUAUACGAUGUAAUCUAUCGCACAAUCGUGCCAUUAAUUCAGUUGGAUAGUGAACAGGCCGUUGCAAUGUUAUUGGAGCGUAACAAAAUCCCAGCCGAUGUGGUGGUAUCUCAACUGCAAAAUCACGAGGAGUAUUUAUACAUGUAUCUUGAUGCUUUUGACAAAGUCGAUAAUUCGGGACGAUUUCAUGCAAAGUUGGUUCACCUCUAUGCCAAAUAUAAUCGUGAAAAAUUGUUGCCGUUUUUAAAGCGAUCCAACAGCUAUCCUAUCGAAGAAGCGUUGAGCGUGUGUACGAGUAAAUUAUUUUAUCCAGAAAUGGUGUAUUUACAUGGUCGAAUGGGCAAUACGAUUGAAGCAUUGUCAAUUAUCAUCAAUAAAUUGGAUAACAUUCAAAUGGCAAUUGAUUUUUGCAAAGAGCACGAUGACAUCGAUCUAUGGAAUGAGUUGAUCAACCAAUCACUUGAUCGGCCCGAAAUUAUGACAAAAUUAUUGGACGGAAUUGCCGGUUUCAUUAAUCCAGAAAUUUUAGUCAAUAAAAUCAAAAUGGGACAAUGUAUACCAGGUCUGAAGGAGUCGCUGGUGAAAAUGUUGUGUGAUUUACGAUUACAAGUAUCGAUACAAGAUGGUUGCAAUGAUAUUUUGGUGGGUGAUUAUUUUCAACUUCAUGAUCGUCAUGUACGAUGCCAACAAAAAGCGGUUUACAUUUCAAACGAUAAUAUAUGUGGAUUAUGCCAAAAGGAUAUCAUUCUAAAAGAUCAGAUGAAAAUGAAAAUCAUUGCUUUCAAUUGUCGGCACUUUUUCCAUGAGAUGUGUUUGCCAGACAAAUACAAUAUUGACUAUUGCACGGUAUGCAAAUCGAAAAAACCAUAAUCAACCUUUGGAUGAAAUGACACAAAAAUAACGGUUUUUUUAUAAAUACUCCAGCUUCAUUAUUGAAUUGUUAAGACGUAACUUCGUUGAAUUAAUAUGUAAUCAAUUUAAUUAGACAUUUAAUUUGCGUUUAAAGCCUUGUUUCGACAACAUAAAACAUAUAUUCGAACAUACACGAUAUUUUUGUAAA